UUUAUGUUCCAUGUUUCAGGCCAACACCCAAAUUGGUGAUUAUCUUGUUGAUGAGCAUGGCCGCAAGAUCAAGUUACACUUUGACCAUGGCACCACCACUCUUGGAUUCAAGUUCCAAGGUGGUACCAUCCUGGUAGCUGACUCCCGUGCUACAAGUGGCCAGUAUAUUGGAUCAGGCAAUGUGCGCAAGAUCAUCCCCAUCACUCCUAGCCUUCUUGGCACAAUGGCCGGUGGUGCAGCUGACUGCACCUACUGGGAGCGUGUACUUGCCAAGCAGUGCAAGAUCUACCAGCUGAGAAACCGGGUGCAUAUCAGUGUUGCAGCUGCAUCCAAACUCCUGGCUAAUAUGGUAUACCAGUACAAGGGAUAUGGCCUCAGCAUGGGAGUGAUGAUUGCAGGCUAUGAUAAGAAGGGCCCUGGUCUUUACUACGUAGACAACGACGGGUCUCGCAUGCCCGGCAACUUGUUCAGCAUAGGUUCAGGCAGCAUCUAUGCUUAUGGUGUGGUGGACAGCGGCUACCGCUGGGACAUGACCGACGAAGAGGCCCAUGACCUCGGCCGUCGUGCUGUGUACCACGCCACGCACAGAGACGGCGCUUCAGGUGGCAUCGUCAGAGUUUACCAUAUCAAAGAAGAUGGCUGGACCAUCAUCAGUGAAGACGACUGCACGGACCUGCACUGGCGCUACCAGGACGAGAAGAUGGCAUCGAGCAGCCAGUAAAUGACUGCCAGGAAUGCCAAGAAAUUAUUUCACCCAUGAUGAUAGUAAAACUGUAAAAUGGAUCAUGUUGAAGAGUUUUACUGGUAUAAAAGUAUCAAAGUACACAAAUUCUUUUCGUGAAA